AUGGUGCCUUUGACCAAGAGCCUGCUUUCUCUGUCCGGUCGGAACAUUCGUCAAAUUGUAACAAGACAAGCUCACCACAAAACUGGUCCUGACUUUCAUGACAAGUAUGGAAAUGCUAUCCUUGUGGGAGGAUUAGCAUUCUGUGUUGCAGUCAAGAGUGUUGUGAUGCAGGCUGGGCUCACAUGGAACGUGUCUCCCAUUGGUAAGAUCACCCCUCAAAAUUGGAGGGAAGACUAG